AUGCCUCUUACCGGGGUCAAGAAUAUCAUCCUGGUCCUCUCCGGCAAAGGUGGCGUGGGAAAAUCCUCGGUGACGCUACAGCUCGCACUCGCGCUUUCGCUGCAAGGCAAAUCGGUGGGAAUCCUCGACAUCGACCUGACAGGCCCGUCGAUGCCUCGGCUUGUCGGCCGCGAAGACGCCAAGAUCACGCAAACCCCCGACGGCUGGCUACCCGUACUGGUUCAUGAAGCAGAACCGCCGAGGGAGACAACAGACGAUGAACAUGAAGACCGGGAGGCACAAGGACAAGGACAAGGACAGACGGGGCGCGGCUCCCUCCGAUGCAUGUCGCUGGGGUUUCUUCUUCGUGACCGCGGCGAUGCGGUGAUCUGGCGCGGGCCCAAGAAGACAGCCAUGAUCCGCCAGUUUCUGACGGACGUAUACUGGGGCGAAACGGACUACCUGCUUGUCGACACCCCGCCGGGCACCAGUGACGAGCAUAUCGCGCUGGCAGAGCAACUGCUAACCGUGGCGACUACAACACGAGGGUCGCCAUCGUCGACAACGGGCCUGCCAUUCCUUGCCGGGGCGGUGCUUGUGACCACACCGCAGGCGAUAGCUACCUCCGACGUGCGCAAGGAGAUCAACUUUUGCGUCAAGACCCGCAUCCCGGCUCUGGGCGUGAUUGAGAAUAUGUCGGGGUAUACCUGCCCCUGCUGUGGGGAGGUGACGAAUCUGUUUUCCAGCGGAGGCGGACAGAUAAUGGCCCAGGAGACGGGGGUGCCGUUUCUAGGAAGCGUCCCUGUGGAUGUCAAGUUCGGUGAACUCGUCGAAGGUAAGAUGGUUGUGGAUGAUGAAGAUAGUGAAGACGAAAAUGGGAAUAAUGAGCACACACAGCUGCAAGGGGGUGAGCAGGUCGACUCUCGUCCGCUGGUGGAACGGUAUCAGGAUUGCUGGUCUCUGCCACGGUUCGAGGCCUUUGCCAAGACACUCUUGUCGAAGAUUGAGGGUACAGAGACGUCUUCAUGA